AUGGAAGAACAUCUAAAUCCAUUAGCUGUGACUCAUCUUCUUCAACACACACUAAGAAGCUUAUGCAUCCACGAGAAUUCCCAAUGGGUUUAUGCAGUUUUUUGGAGGAUCUUACCCAGAAAUUAUCCUCCCCCCAAAUGGGAUGGUCAAGGAGCUUAUGAUAGAUCAAGAGGGAACCGGAGAAACUGGUACCAGAUCUUGGUUUGGGAAGAUGGGUUUUGCAACUUUGCAGCUUCUGCCAAGGAAGUUAGCUCCGGUGAGUGUAGCGGCGACGGUGGUAGCUCGACGGCUUACGGAAAUAGUGAUUAUCAGCAAUAUCAAGGGAUUCAGCCUGAGUUGUUCUUCAAAAUGUCUCAUGAAAUCUACAACUAUGGAGAAGGGUUGAUAGGAAAAGUAGCUGCCGAUCACAGUCACAAGUGGAUUUACAAAGAACCUAAUGACCAAGAGAUUAACUUCUUAUCUGCUUGGCACAAUUCUGCUGACUCAGAGUCUAGGACAUGGGAAGCUCAGUUUCAAUCUGGCAUCAAGACCAUUGCCUUGAUUUCUGUUCGAGAAGGUGUUGUCCAAUUAGGAGCUGUUAACAAGGUGAUAGAGGAUUUGAGCUAUGUUGUGAUGCUAAGAAAAAAACUUAGCUAUAUCGAAAGCAUCCCUGGAGUACUUCUUCCUCAUCCUUCUUCUUCGGGCUACCCUUUCAUCAACGCUUCUCCUACUGACACGUGGCAUUUCCCCGGAAUAGCUCCUCCUCAGUCGCAGCAUGAGCAUUAUCAACAGCAUUUCUACCAUGGCAACCACCACCAGCCGCAAGAAUUGAAGAUAACGCCGUCGAUGAGUAGCCUCGAGGCGCUUCUCUCGAAGCUUCCGUCUGUUGUACCUUCGGCGACGCAGGCGGGGUACUUUCCGUUUCACCACAGUCCCAAGGAAGAAAUGAGUGAAGAACAUCAAAACGAUGCGUUUAGGGUUCAACGUAAUGAUUUAGUUGGUGAGGGUAGUAAUAGUAACAACAACAAUAAUUACAAUAGUAAUGAUCGUUAUAACUAUAACAAUAAUUGCAGCAACAAUAAUUACGAUAGAGAGAACAAGAGAGGUGGGUUUCUUGGUGAGGAUUAUUGAGUCUUGAAUA